UUCUUUUCUUUUCUUUUUUUUCUUGUAUUCUUACAAGGUAAGCUUAGUUACUGAGAACAAUAAGUAACUUCUUUAUCCGAGCUACUGUGACUGUCAAUAUGUUUUUUGUUGUAAAGAAAAUUUACGCGUUGAAAUAUUUCAUUUUUCUUUACAAAAGAAAGAAAAAUACUUGUAGAGAAUGAAUGCGUUUGGAACAUCGACAAGUCAACCAAAUGUGACGUUUGGGAACACAGCCAAUACACAAUCAUCAGCUGGUACCUUAUUUGGAGCCACUCCAAGCAGCAACACUUUUGGAACCAACCCUAAUUCCUCAGCUGGUAUCCUAUCUGGUACAAGCAGCAACACAAGUGCAGGUACUUUAUUUGGAACAACACCAAAUACCAGUACUUCUUUUGGUGGCUUUGGAGGCUUUGGCCAGAAAUCAGCAGCAGGAAACACAUUUGGAGCAACUUCAUCUGCACCUACUGGUUUUGGACAAACGCCAGCAACAUCAACUGGAUCUUUUUCAUUUGGAACCAAUCAACCUGCUGGCAAUACGGCUACUACUACUACUACUACUACCACAACAGGCGGGUUUGGAUCAACUGGAUUUAGUGGUUUUGGUUCAUUUUCUAACCCUUCAGCUACAACAAUGACAACCAAUGCAAGUCAAGCAAAGCCUACGUUUGGAGGAUUUGGGUCAUUUGGCAGUAACCAGCAACAACAACAACAACAGACUGGUUUUGGGAUGCAAAGUUUACAGCAGCAACAACAAAUGAAUAAACCACAAGUUCAAGAGAAAGUUUGGCAAGAGCUUGCACUUAUCAGAGCACACUUUGAUCCUACUUCUCCUCUUUGUCACUUUAGACAUUAUUUUUACAACAUGGUACCACGCGAUGAAGUUCACUUAUAUGUUCGUCCACCUAAUCAAGAUGAAAACUUGUGGAAUGAAGCUAUUCGAAAGAAUCCUGAUCCAACAUGCCUAGUGCCGGUUUUGGCUGUUGGAUUUGACGAUAUAUUAAAACGUAUGGAGAUUCAGUCCCAGCAAAAUGAAAUAUAUCAAGACAAACUAAAGGAAAUUGGACAAAGAUUGGCAUCAGUUCAACGCGAAUAUCUACUUAAAACAUUGGUGAAAUUAGAAGAACAUAAACGUCGCCAUAUCAACCUGACUCAACGAUUGCUACGACUUCUUCGAUAUAGCCAAGUUCUUCGUUAUAAAAAUUUCCCACUAAAUGCAGAAGAGGAAAAGACGUUUGAACAAUUAAACCAAUUAGCAGCACCAGAUAAUAGUCCUGAAGAGCUUCAUGCAAAAAUGGUUCAUUUAUGGAGUCGACUUCAAACAGCCAAGGCAGCAUUGUCAGAUGCGAAUAACAAAAAUGAAGUUUGGCGGUCAGUUAGUGAAGAAGAUACCAAUAGAAUCGCAAAGGUUCUCGAGGAUGACCAGCAGGGUAUUUUGCAUAUUGCAAGUAUAUUAAAAGCUGAUACAAGAAAGAUGGAUGAGAUCGUAGACACAAUAAAGAAUGCUAAAUGAAUGUAAUAAACAUCAAUUUAUUACGAAAACACGCCUGUUUCUAAUUAUACGGCAGAAGUGGGCUUUUUUUUUUAUUUAUAAAAGAUGCGUUUGCUCAGCCUAAUUACACAGCCAGUUGUUUUUAUUUAUAUCUCUCUUUCUUUAUCUGGUUAGCUUCAUGUUUGCCUUAUUGUAAAAGACAUGUUGAAGUUGUGGAUCAAUGAAGAGAUUUGCUG